AUGGAAGCACCAAAGUUCAACGGGUUCAUCGGAGGGAAUCACAACAACAACAACAACAACAGUUACUAUGAACACUACCAAAAGCUUGAAGGCUCUAACAUGUCUAUCGACAGUUUACAGACAAGUACUAUCGGUGGUUCUGUAGCAACGUCGAUGGAUAACAGCAGCGUUGGCUCAAAUGACUCCAAAACCCACAUUUUAGGCCAUCCUGGGCUAGGACCAGUGCGUCAGAACUACACCGGGACAGCGGAAAACAGCGUUUACCGUCCAGGGAGCCACGAGCUCAACGACGACGCUCUUGCGCAAGCUUUGAUGGAUAGUAGAUAUCCGGUUGAAGGAUUAGCGGAGUUUGAUGAGUGGACGAUUGAUUUGAGGAAGCUUCAUAUGGGUCCUGCUUUUGCUCAAGGAGCCUUUGGUAAGCUUUAUAGAGGAACAUACAACGGUGAGGACGUGGCCAUUAAGAUACUCGAGAGGCCUGAGAAUGAUCCGGAGAAGGCGCAGCUGAUGGAGCAACAGUUUCAGCAAGAGGUGAUGAUGCUCGCAACGCUUAAGCACGCCAAUAUCGUCAGGUUCAUUGGCGCUUGCCGUAGAUCAGUGGUCUGGUGCAUUGUUACAGAGUAUGCUAAAGGAGGGUCGUUGAGACAGUUUCUGACACAGAGACAGAACCGAGCAGUGCCUUUGAAACUGGCGGUUAAGCAGGCGUUGGAUGUGGCUACUGGAAUGGCGUAUGUUCAUGGACUUGGAUACAUUCACAGAGACUUGAAAUCGGAUAAUCUUCUGAUUUCCGCGGAUAGAUCCAUCAAGAUUGCGGAUUUCGGUGUUGCUAGGAUCGAGGUCAAAACAGAAGGGAUGACUCCAGAGACAGGGACUUACCGUUGGAUGGCCCCGUAA